AUGUCAAUAAUUUUAUUUUAUAUACAAAUUCAACGUUUACAACAAACAAUAACUUCAGAGGCAAAUGAAUCUAAAUUAAAAGAAUGGUUUUUAUUAAUUUCACCUGAAAAUAAUAUAUCAGACGAAUUACAAAUAAAACGUGAAACUAUCAAAUGUUAUGAACAAGAAUUACAAUCAAUGAAAGAUUUAUUCGAAAUAACAUUUAAAGAAAAACAAAUACAAAAUGAUCAAUUACAACAUGAAAGACAAUUAUUUCAAACUAAAAAUAAAGCACUUACACAAUUAGUUAUUCGUGAUCGACAUAAAAAAGUCAACAAAUCAAUUAAAUUCUAA